AUGGCAGCCACUCAAACUAUCCGCCCGACCUGCGUGCUCAUCAACUCCAUGUGCAUGACCACCGCGCUCUACCGCCCGCAAUUCGAGAGCGCCGAGCUCACCGCCGCCGUCAACCUGCUGGCCAUCGAGCCGCUGGGACACGGCGCUACUAGCUGCGCCACGGAGCACUUCACCUACUGGGACUCGGCCAUCAUGGCGCUGCAAGUCCUCGACGCACUGAACAUCAAGAAGCGUGUCAUUCCCCUGGGUACGUCCAUGGACAGCGAGUCGCCCGACUCCCGCAGCAAGGGAUGCUGGGACCCCGCGCCGCUGCUGGCGCCCUUCCACGACAAGUGGUCCGGCAUCGGAUUCGGCGCCAACUCUCCCGCCGAGACGGGCGAGUUCUGGACCAAGACGUUGAAGGAGGUGUACCGCGGAGAUGAGGGCCGCAAGAAGGUGCGCAUGGCAGUGAACUGCCUGCUGGAGCGCGACGGGCUGCUGAUGCGCCUGCGCGACGUCAAGUGCCCCGUAUACUGGCUGCAGGCAAUUCGGUUGCUGAGCGGGUCGGUGGAGGCGUCACUGCGGAUGGUCGAGGGAGGAGCCCAUUAUCUGAACGCGACCAACCCGGCUGAAGUAAACCAGGCUGUCUUGGAGAUGGUCCGGAAAUAUGCCUAA